AUGUCUGACACUCCAAAUUCGACCUCUGCCGGCCAGAGCGAUGCUCCUGCCUUGAACGGCAUCAACACCAACGUCGCUGCGGCUGACAACAAUGACGGCAACACCCCAACCUCGGCUGCACCUGCCAACCCAAACUCUGCCUCGCUUUAUGUUGGCGAGCUUGAUACCUCCGUCACCGAGGCCAUGCUCUUCGAGCUUUUCUCCUCAAUCGGUCAGGUCGCCUCGAUCCGAGUCUGCCGUGAUGCCGUCACUCGUCGCUCGCUCGGAUAUGCUUACGUCAAUUACAACAACGGCAACGAUGGUGAGAAGGCAUUGGAAGAGUUGAACUACACCUUGAUCAAGGGCAAGCCAUGCCGUAUCAUGUGGUCUCAGCGCGACCCGGCUCUGCGCAAGACCGGCCAGGGCAAUGUCUUCAUCAAGAACCUCGAUGCUGCCAUUGACAAUAAGGCUCUUCACGACACUUUUGCCGCGUUUGGCAACAUCCUUUCUUGCAAGGUCGCGCAGGAUGAGCACGGCAACUCCAAGGGAUACGGUUUCGUCCACUAUGAGACCGCUGAGGCCGCCAACCAGGCCAUCAAGAGCGUCAACGGCAUGCUUUUGAACGAGAAGAAGGUUUUCGUCGGACACCACAUCCCCAAGAAGGAUCGCAUGAGCAAGUUCGAGGAGAUGAAGGCCAACUUCACCAACAUUUACGUCAAGAACGUUGCUGCCGAGACCACCGAUGAUGAGUUCCGUGACCUUUUCGAGAAGUACGGCGAGAUCACUUCGGCCUCGUUGGCACACGAUGACGACGGCAAGAACCGUGGAUUCGGAUUCGUCAACUUUGUCCAACACGAGGACGCCAACAAAGCGGUCGACGAGCUGAACGAUUCCGAUUUCAAGGGCCAGAAGCUUUACGUCGGGCGUGCCCAGAAGAAGCACGAGCGCGAGGAAGAAUUGCGCAAGCAAUACGAGGCUCAGCGCCAGGAGAAGAGUGCCAAGUACCAGGGUGUCAACUUGUACGUGAAGAAUUUGGCCGAUGAGAUAGAUGACGAUGAGCUUCGCAAGAUCUUCGAGACUUGCGGAAACAUCACCUCCGCGAAGGUGAUGCGCGACACACUUCCGCUCGACUCUGACGCUGCAAAGACCGAGGGCAAGGACGGAGAGGAGAAGGCAGAGGAGAAGAAGGAUGAGGAAGACCCGACUGAGGAGGAGGUCGAGGAGCUUUCCAAGAAGCUGGACACCGUCACCAUCGCUGGUGAGAAGAAGCUUCUCGGCAAGAGCAAGGGCUUCGGCUUCGUCUGCUUCUCCAACUCCGAUGAGGCUGCCAAGGCCGUCAACGACCUCAACCAGAAGAUGAUUCACGGCAAGCCUUUGUAUGUCGCUCUCGCUCAACGCAAAGAGGUUCGCAAGAACCAGCUCGAGGCUUCGAUCCAGGCUCGCAACCAGUCUCGCAUGCAGCAACAGGCCACUGUGGGCGGUAUCCCGCCUCAGUUCAUGCAGCCACAGAUGUUCAUGGGCCCUAACGGUCAGCCCAUGAUGAUGCCUGCUGGCGGACGUGGCCAGAUGCCGUUCAUUCAGGGUGCCCCGAUGGGUCAAGGCCAGCGCGGUGGCUUCCCGGGCAUGCCCCAACAAGGUGGUCGCGGUGGUCCUCAAGCCAUUCCUCAAAUGCCAUACGGCAUGCCGCCUCAAAUGGCUGGUUACAACCCAGCGUUCGGAAACCCAGCUGCUUUCGCACAGAUGAUGGCCCAACAGCAAGCCAUGGGUGGUCGUGGCGCUGGCCGCGGCGGUCCCAUGCCUGGAAUGCCCGGAAUGCCUGGCAUGCCGGGCAUGCCAGGUGUGCCUCCACAAAUGAUGCAGGGUCCGGGCGCUGGACGUGGUGGUUUCGGUGGUCAAGGCCGUGGCGGCCCUGCUGGCUCAACCAGCAGACCCGAUGAGCAGCGUGGCCGUGCUCCCAACCGCGGAGGACCAUCUGGAAUCGACCUCAACCUGCUCAAGUCUGCUCCUCCGCCGCAGCAGAAGCAGAUGCUUGGUGAGGCUCUGUACCCCAAGAUUCACGCUCUUCAACCCGAGCUUGCCGGCAAGAUCACCGGUAUGCUUCUGGAGAUGGACAACGAUGAGCUCAUCUUCCUCAUCGACAACGAGUCCGCGCUCCGCGAAAAGGUUGACGAGGCCCUCAAGGUCUACGACGAAUGGCGCAAGAACCCGAACGGCAGCGGUGAGGAUGGCAGCCCGGCCACCAACGGCGCUUCCGGUGAGAAUGCCGGCGAGGCGAGCGAGCAAACGGCCUAG